AUGGCUACUGCCCCCAGACCAAGACCUACAGCAGGAACAUCAGACGGUACAUCAAAUACCAAUUCAUUACAAGAUGAGACAAAUCGAUCUGGUGUACCAUCGUAUGAGAACAAACCACCGCCUCCAAUUCCUCCGUUUUCGACUACCGGAGGUGGCCCUGUGUACGCCGACAAGCUGGGGCUGGCUGCCAAACAAGCGACCAUUGCUGAAGAAUACCCCGCCAUCAUCAAUAUGAGCAAAGAAGAACUAGAGGAAUUGCUAUCGAGUGAUGUAGUGUUUGAUGCGUUCUUUGAGCAAUUGGAACAAGUAAGAAACAUGAUGAUACUGCAAGACGAAAUGAGGAUGCAGAACGAGCUGUUAGCAAAGAAAACCUUAUCACGUGAACAAGAGUUAAUACAGUUGCGCGAAUCAAUUCAUGAACAUGAAGAUAAAGUGAGGGAAAUAUAUAGCACACUACAAGAGAAGCUGAAAAAGCAGCAAGAAGCACUUCAGCGUUUCACACCCGAACUACUUAUCGCAAAGUUGAAAUCUGAAUCUCAGUCAUGUGACGAGUUGUCAGAGCAGGUAGCUAAUUCGUUUUUGGAAGGUGAUCUUGAGGUUGAUGCAUUUUUAAAAGGAUACCGGGAGCUCAGGAAGGGGUGA